AUAACUUGUGUUCACUCAUCAGUCCAUUACACCAAACGGUGUCGUAUUUAAACCCUGAAACUGAAAGAGAAGGUUGUAGCGCCUCUUCUCCGAUUCACCUCACAUAUUGCUUCUGCUUCGUACGAAUCCAGUCUCGCCUCUCCACUGAACUGAGUCUGAAGACAAGAGGAUAAAAGUUAACAGCAAUGGCGACACGGGUGGCUGCAAGGUUUAUAUCCAGAAGGCCAUUUAGCAGUGGCUCUGGAAAGAUACUUAGCGAGGAGGAAAAAGCUGCAGAAAAUGCCUACUUCAAGAAAGUUGAGCAAGAGAAGUUGGAGAAGGUUGCUCGGCAGGGUCCUCAACCAGAAGCAAGCACAGGUGCAGGCUCAGGGGGUUCUGUAACUGGUGGUGCCUCGGCACACACAGGAACAUCAGCUGGCAAUGUUUCAACUGACAAGUUCCGGAAUUAUGCAGUGAUAGCUGGUACGAUAACAAUUUUGGGGGGUUUGGGGUGGUACCUUAAAGGCACUGCAAAGAAGCCAGAAGUGCAGGAUUGAAGAUUUCAGUGGUGCAUGUUCUCAUUUUGGUUGCAAUAGUUGCACAAAAAUAAAUAACCACACACCUACUCUGUUUCCAUUCCCUCAUACUGUUAUCUUUUAUGUUUCCAGUGUUUUGCAUGUGACCUAUAUAUAUUCUUGAUGCUACAUAGCACGAGAAGCAUCAAAAUUUGUCUUCACUAGUUGUUCAAGUGUCAUGUAAGUGAUCACAUGCAUUUGCUGCCCUUCAUUGGCACGAUGAGAUAGUGAUGAAAAAGAGUUUAUUGUGAUUGGUAUUUGUUGCCGGAGCUGAAAUUAGCGAAUGACAAUAGAGCCGACGAGGAUUUUAUUUGGAAUAUGAAUUGAAUUUUUGUAUGUUUUUUUUAAA